AGCGUUUUUUUUCCCUCACUGUGUGUCAGCCCGGCUGGACACGUACAGUAAGACAAGCUAGCUAGUUACACUUAACCGAUACGCACACAAAUUACUGCUGUAUGCAGGCUGGUGCAUUUCAGCGGGCACCGGUUCCUUACUGAAUCAGACCACGGGGACCAAACAUGGACCUAUUCGAGUUUGACUUCUUUAGGGACUGGGAAUUGGAGCAACAAUGUCAUUAUGAGCAGGACCGCAGUGCACUCAAGAAGAAAGAGUGGGAGCGGAGGACUCAGGAAGUGCAGCAGGAUGAAGAUCUGUUCUCCUCCGGCUUUAAUCUGUUCGGGGAGCCAUACAAGACCAGCAAAGGUGAUGCCCUGGCUAAUCGGGUCCAGAACACCCUGGGGAACUAUGAUGAGAUGAAGGAGCUGCUGACCAACCACUCCAACCAGAGCCACCUAGUGGGCAUUCCCAAAAAUUCAGUCCCACAGACCCCAGUGGAGAAGGAUGAUCAGCCAAGCUUCUUCCCUGAGGGUCAGAAAGGCAGGACGGCCCCUUCCCACCAGACCUCUGCCCAAUCCAGCUCCUCCAUGCCUCCUCCAACUUCCUCCUCCCUCUCAAGUUCUGCCCCUCUGCACGGCCAGCAGGGGACCAAGAAGCCACGCUCUGUAGAGUGGUCUCGGGGUGGCCACGGCUCCACCCAGUCGGGCCAGGGAGCGGGGCCUGCAUGCGGCAGGGGCAAGCACGGGGCCGCUGCCCAUGAGCCGCCCCACAACAGGUACGAGGAGCAGUUCGGUAGCCAGGGGGACGCUAGUCCUGCCUCCACGUCUUCCCACCCCCGGCGGCACGUACCGCCCUCUAAGGCCCCUGCUCCCGACCACGUGCACAAGGAGAACAAUCACGUAAAGUCUCCCGCUGAGCAGGACCUGGGCUCCCAUGGCUCCAGCUCGCCAGUGGCUUCCACCUCCCUCCUCCCCAGCGGGCUCUCGACACCCACUUUCCUGCCGGGCCUCCACUGCAAGCCCAGUGCCAUCCAGCAGAAGCCCACUGCCUACGUCAGGCCCAUGGAUGGACAGGACCAGGUCCCCAAUGACUCACCGGAGCUCAAGCCCCGCACAGAGAUAGGAGACAGUUACGUUACCCCUGUGUUUGGAGGCCUGAUGGAGGGCAAAGCCGGAGCCACUAAUUCCAAGAGCAAGCUGCCGAAGCUGACCCUGCCACAGACCGGAGAGGUCAGCCUGUCGAAUGACUCCAACUGCGUUGAGGAAAUUCUGCGGGAAAUGACCCACUCCUGGCCUCCGCCCCUGACUGCCAUCCACACGCCGGGCAAAGCAGAGCAGACCAAGUUCCCCAUUCCCUCCAAGGACUCACAACAUUUAACCUCAGGAUACAACGGACAAAAGCGGUGCAAUGUUUCUGGUAACAAGCCUGCAACCAAGUCGGUUCCACAGAAGUCAAUGCUUGAGGAUGACCUCAAACUCAGCAGUGAUGAAGAUGACAGCGAACAGGCUACAGACAAGACCAAGCAGAGAAGCACUCCUCUCAAUCUCCCUGGGCCCACAGCUCGGAGCGGCGAGCCGGGACACUCCAGCGGUGCCUCGGGCAGCUCCAGCGAAUCAGAAAGCAGCUCAGAGUCGGACUCAGACAGCGAGAGCAGCUCCAGUGACAGCGAGUGUAACGAGGCUUCACGCAGUGCCACGCCGGAGCCCGAACCUCCAUCAACAAAUAAGUGGCAAUUGGACAAAUGGCUGAACAAAGUGAAUCCCCACAGCAAGGCUCUGAUUAGCACCCAGCCUGAGAGCCAUGGGAUUAGCCACUCUCAGCCUGAUGAUGGCCAGGCGGACGAGGCCCAUGGUCCAGGAAAGGGCAAGCCAGGUGUGGCUCUGUCGCAGCCUGAUGCUAAGGAGAGGACACUGCUCAGCCCCGUUCGGGAGAAGGGGAAGCCCCGGACAGGCCAGAAGACCCCUGAGGGCAAGGGCACAAAGCUCAAGUCCCCACCCACUGUGGAACUGGCCCCGCCCCGAAGGACCACGGGGAAAAAGCAGCCCAAGAAAGCGGAGCGUGGUCCCAGUGGGGAGGAGCACAGCUGGCCCAAACCCAGUAACCCCAGUGCCACCCCUAAGGAGAAGGAGCCGCCCCCCCUGGAGUUGCCGAAAGCCCGGACCAAGGGUGCCAAUGGCAAGACUGCCCCCAGGAAAGAGCCCCGCCCCACCACAGCACCUGCCCCCGCAUCGGACAAGAAGAAGCAUCGGGGGCCCACCAAGAUUAUCCCAAAAUCCAGGGAGUUCAUUGAGACGGAGUCCUCAUCGUCUGAGUGCCACUCUGACCCAGAAGAGCAGGUGAAGAUCCCACCCCCUUGCCCUGGUCCUAGUAGCAUGGGCCUGCUGAAAGCCAAGGACUGCAACAGCAAUAUCCUGAGCGUCAGUAGCCUUACCAGCACCAGCAGCACCUCCAUCCCGGAUCCAGGGGCUGCAGACCUUCUGGAGGAGCCCCUCUUCUCCCCCAUUCCGCCAGUCCAGAGCGCUCUGCUGUCCCCGCUCAGGGACCUGGAGGAGAUCAAGUCUCUGUGGGUCAAAAUCGAGCUCAGCCUCUUGUCCAGGAUCCCAGGGCGGGACCCCCCAGAUAUGCCCCCCGUGAAAGCGGAGCCACGGGAAUCAAGCACCAAGCACAGACGGCAGUCCCCCGCUGCCACCCCAUCAGAAAAAACCCCCAGUAAAUCCAAGAGGAAACACAAGUCUGAGAGCUGUGACACAGUAGGCGGGAACAAGAAGUUGCGGUUGGAGAAAGAGACAGCACUGCUUCCUCCUUGUAUAUCCCCCAUACACAGCCACAAGCUCACCAGCACAAAAGACAUCUUAAGAAAACAGCCCAGGAAGAGGGAAGACAAGCUCCUCCCACCCCCGCUGUCUCCUCUCUCCAACGACCCCACACACCUGUGCAGAAACAAUGAGGUCAGCUCUUUCAGCCAGGAGGGCAGCAACAACACUACCAGCACCCUACCCCCCAGCUGCUCGUUUCAUCCCUCUUCUUCGUCCUCCUCUUCCUCACACAAGCACCGCAAGGUUGACAGCAAAUCAACUCCUCUUUCCAAGACUGUCAAUGAUGAGGAUGCCUAUAGCAAGCCUUCCAGCAGUUUCCAUGGCAACGGUCAAAGUGACCCAGACCUGUGGCCGAAUUCAUCAUCAACGUCGCUGGAUUGCUUGGUGCACCGGAGGCCCAAGCUGAUGUUUGACGAUACACUUCACAAUGCCGACUACUACAUGCUGGAAGCCAAGAAACUGAAGCACAAAGCCGAUGCACUGCUGGAGAAGUUCGGCAAAGCCAUCAAUUAUGCCGACGGCGCUCUCUCGUUCAUCGAGUGUGGCAACGCAAUGGAACGGGACCCCCUGGAGGCCAAGUCUCCCUACACCAUGUACUCGGAAACAGUGGAGCUCAUCAGGUAUGCGAUGCGGUUGAAGAACUUCACCAGUCAUUCAGCCACGUUAGCCGAGAAAAAGCUGGCAGUUUUGUGCUAUCGAUGUUUGUCACUCCUAUACCUGAGAAUGUUCAGACUGAAGAAGGACCACGCUAUGAAGUAUUCCCGUUCUCUAAUGGAAUAUUUUAAGAAUUCAGCAAAGAACUCUCAAGCGCCCUCACCAUGGGGGACCAACGGGAAGAGCACGGGCACCCCGUCCCCCAUGUCCCUGAGCCCAUCCCCGGUCAGCUCAGUCAGCAGCAGCAGUGGCGGUCCCGUGGGCUCCUCGUCCAGUGGCAGCGUGGCCAUCCCCCAGCGCAUCCACCACAUGGCUGCCAGCCACGUCAACAUCACCAGCAACAUCCUGCGCAGCUACGAGCACUGGGACACUGCCGACAAGCUCUCCCGGGAGAGCCAAGAGUUCUUUCAGGAGCUAAACUCAACAAUGGAGCCGUUGACCCAGCACAGCAGCAUGACAGAACUGGUCCGCUACGUACGCCAAGGACUGCACUGGCUGCGGAUAGAGGCCCACCUGUUAUAGUGCCGGGACUGCAGCACCAUGUCACUCACACCUCCAUCACUACCUCUACCAGCAUAGCAAUCUCCACCCACCAGGCCCCCAAGGACCUGGCUGUUUCCAGCCAUUCUUCCAGUCCUACAGCUCAUCCGCAUCGUUUGUCUCCUGUGGUCGCUCGUCUUUGUACCCUUUUGUUUGCAUUUUUGUCCGCACAGGUCGAACAAAGUGCCAGAUUGGACGGAACAUCAAGAAACCCCCCAAAAUGCAUUUCAAAGUCUGUUUUUAAUGGAAUUUCUGCAAAAGAACCCUUCAGGAUCAUGGAUUUGUUUUUAGUCCAGAGGUCAAGGUGCAGUAACUUCCACCUUACUUUACUGGCAGAUUUCUUUCAAUGCUUAGAUCGUAUUUUGUAUUAUUUAAGAGGAACCCCAUAUCUUUUCUGUUCCUGUUCAACACACAUUACAAUGGCUUUUAGUUGGCCACAUCUGAUUGUGCUUCAUAACUUUUCAAAGGGAGAUAUGUAAUAUCUAUUUUGUAUUUUUAUGUUAUGAGAAACAAUAGGGUUUUUUAAAUUUGGCAAUUGUUUGUACUGUAGUUGCAUGAGUAACACAAUACCAUAGAGUAUUAGCAGGCUGUCAGACACCACACGUACUGUAAAUCUAUUAGUAUUUUGGGGAAUACCUUAAUUUCUUGAGGGAACAUACAUAUUUCCAGCCUGUAAAACUAUGUUUGUGUGUUGUUGGACAGUCUUCUGGGAACCUGCAUA